UGAGGACUUAAAUCAGAUAAUGGCGCGCUAUGGCCGCAACUCGAUGCUAAGAGUAAUAGUAUUUCACCGAGGUACGGUAAUGCACGCCCUAGUUGAAACUAAGAGUCAAGAAAUUGCAGAUCAGGUUAAGAGAGAGCUAGACGGGCAGAACAUUUUUACUCAGUGCAACACUUUGCGAAUUCGCUACUCCUCAUUUCGUCAACUCCAUGUGAAUUAUAAUAACGAACGCUCGUGGGACUUCACCAAUGCUGGACUACCGACUGGUUAUCCUAGCAAAAACUAUCCACCAUUGACAGAGGAAACCCUACGCAAACACAUUCGGUCGACUUACUCUCGGCUGGGAAUGAAAUACUCCCAAAGGCCGAUCCGAGAGAAUACGGAAAUGCCAAUAGUCUUUGUAGUCAUCCACGCCGAUACACUGCUGUCUUGUAAUGAUUUGGCCGCACUGUUCGCUGUCUACGGUGAUGUCCGAACAGUGAAGGUCCUCCAGGAGCCACGACCAUGCGCUAUUGUGCAUCUAGCCGACUUUCAGCAGUGUGCGAGAGCAGUACGCUACCUGUCGGGUUUGGAGGUUCAUGGCCAUCUCCUUGAACUGAGUGUCAAUCGCCGAGACAAGAUCUUGCCGUCAUCA